UCAGUAGUGAAAUUUGGUACAUUGAUGUGGUUCGGUGGUAGUGGAAAUUGUAGAUCCUAUUGUUGCGUGCAUUCUUCUUUAAUAAAUGAUAUAGAUUAAAAUAUAAAAAAAAACCAUUAUUGAAAAAAAGUUUAAACAAACUGUCUAUGCAUUCCAGGGUACAAUUUCCUUUUGUCUUCUACCAUAAUUCCUAUCCCAAGGAUUGUUUUGGUUUUCCUAAAAACAUUAAAACGAUAAAAAUCACAUUAAGAACAUCCUCGAGAAGGAGAUCCAAUUGUAUGUCUUUCAGGUCUAUUUGCGGUAGUUCAAAUUUUUCAAUAAUUUCAAAAUCGGUUUUACAAAUUUUUCCCUAUUGGACUUUUUUUUCUGAAUUUCAUAGUAUAUGCAUAUAAUAAGGUUUGUGCUUGCCUUCUUGAAAACUGUACCAAAAUGAAUUUUAAUUAGCUCAUCAUAUGCUUGCACGUGUUAUUUAUUUAUUUAAAGAAAAGAAAAAAAAAAAAAAAACAAAAAAGAAAUAAGAUUAAAGAUUUCUCUUCGCCUUUACUAAAUUAUUGUUUUCAAUUUUUCUAUUUAUUUUUAUUAGAUGAAAACAUGCUUGAUUUACGUUUACGGAGAAAGCAAAGAUAGUCCUCUUGAUUCUUCUAAUAUGUUAAGAAAGAGAAGAGCGUGAUUUGCUUACACAUAUAUGUGCAAUUUUUCUUUUUUUUUUUCACAAAAUCAACUAACUCUUCAUUAUUUAAAAUCAAAGAAAAGAAACUAAACUAAUUUAAUCAAAAAUUAAUUCAUUACAAAAAACAUACAUAAAUGCAAAGUGAAUGAGACUGAUUAUUUUGAUAUUCUCUUCUAUUAAUCGUUUAUGCGAAAAUGAGAAACUAAAAUAAAUUAUUGCUUUUCCUUAGAGGCUCUUAGAUAGCGAGAGCAAGAGCAAGAGAGAGAGAGAGAAAAAUAGAGCGAGGGAGGGAGACUAAGAAAUCUUAAAUAGAAUAAUCAACUCUUCAUUCUGAUACUAUUAUUAAUUAAGCAACUAUUCAAAAAUGUUCUCCAUUCAGCAAUUGAUCAAAACAUUAAAAAAAUUACAAAAUAAUUCGACGUCCAGUAGCAGCAGCGGCAGAGAUGUAAUAAAUAAUUUAAAGCGCGCUGCGGCUACAGCAGAAAGUUCAAAAACGGGAAAAACAACUUUACCUACGUCAACCACAUUAAUGACAUCGUUAACCUGCACCAACAAUAAAAGCAGAGAGUAUCAGGAAAAAGAAGCUAAUGAUGAAAUAAUGAAUCCGUCAUCUCAUCAAUUGUGUUGUAGUACGCGAAAGCAAACGAGACCAACAUUGAAUAGCAACAAUAAAGAUAAUGAUAACAAAAGUAAAUACGAUAUGAAUUCUAGUCAGCUGUUGCCACCAUUGUUAACGAAUUGUCGAAAAACGGUAGCAGAAACGGCAUGCAAGCGUAAAAACAAUCGAAAUCAACAUUUUAGUAUCUAUUCGGAUUUGAAAGAGAGCGUUACGGUUUUAGGCGCGAGCGAGCAAAAGAUACAGAUAUCAACGAAAUUGUCUUUGAAUGAAGAUAUAAUAAAUACAACAACUUACCCUCGUGCAAUAACAACACUACGUAAUCAACGUAUACAGAAUUUCUACCAACAGCAAUUGUUAUAUUUUCACACACAACAACAACAACAACAACAAAAACAACAACCACAAAAUCCAAAUUUUAAGCAAAAACAAGCAACCAAACAAUUUGCCAUGUCUUCUUCAUUGGCGGCUGAGCCGGUACCCAUAUCGCAGCAGCAGCAACAAGAAGAAGAAGAGCUAAAGGACCAUCAUCAGAUUGCUAAUGAAUUGAAACACCAACAACAGCCCAACCCAACAUACGAUAAUGAAACGUCAACAAUAUCGGCGUCAUCGAAAUCAACGUCACCAAAUUCAGCGUCGCCCAUUUCGUCAUCCUCGUCAGCUUCAUGCGGUUCAACGUCAACUUCAGGAAAACCAUGCUUCAAUGCCGGACUGGCCGACAUCUUACAAUUUAUGGAGCUUAUUGGCAAUCUAAAGCAUACCAAACGUACUGGCUGGGUUUUGCGUGAUGUCAAUGAUUGUGAAUCUAUAUCGGGUCAUAUGUAUCGCAUGAGCAUUUUAACUUUUCUGCUAGACGGCAGUGAAGGCUUAGACCAGAUACGAUGCAUGGAAUUGGCUUUGGUGCAUGAUUUGGCUGAAAGUUUGGUUGGCGAUAUAACACCUUUUUGUGGCGUUUCUAAAAAUGAGAAACGGGCUAUGGAGUUGAAAGCUAUGCAAGAUAUUUGCAAGUUGAUAGAACCACGUGGUAAACGUAUAAUGGAAUUGUUUGAGGAAUAUGAAUUGGGUGAAAGCGCAGAAUCAAGAUUUGUCAAAGAUCUAGAUCGUUUAGAUAUGGUUAUGCAGGCUUUCGAAUACGAGAAACGUGAUAAUUGCUUAUUAAAACAUCAAGAGUUUUUUGACUCAACAGCAGGCAAAUUUAAUCAUCCAUUUGUUAAGAAACUUGUAAGUGAGAUCAAUGAACAGCGCAAUCGUUUAGCUAAAGCUAAAGGUGCUUCACCUCCACCGAAAAUCGAAGUGCCCGAUAUGGAAGCAAAUAACAGUAAUCAUAAUCGAACGCCACAGACUACUACUACUACUACUACUACUACAAGUUGAUUAAAAAAUGACAAAAACUCGAACAAAAAUUAUGAAAUUUAAAGAGUCAUUCUCGAGAUGUGUGCAAGGAAUAUAUUAUGAACGCCUACGAAUGCCUACCUAUAUACCUUUAACCAAAAGUUAUAGCUAGAACAUAGUUGUGUAGUAAAUGUAAAGAUAUGUUUACAUGUAUAUGUAUAUGUUUACAUAUAUAUACAUAUAUAUAUUUAAUAAUUUGAAUUUCUCAUUUAUUUUUUAGAUUGGUUUUCAAAUGUCAUAAAUAUUUAAAAUCUUGAAAACAUACUCACACGCAUAUACAUCACAUACGUACAACAAGAAGAAAUAUUUGUAAAAUUUAUAAGUUAAAUAAUAUGCAAAAGGAAAUGGACCGAACGAUACCAAAACACUUUAAUUUCUUUCCUUUACAGCGUUCCUUUACUUAUUACGUUUUACAUUUAAGUUGAAAACUUACCACUCGUGAAAAAUGACAAAAAAAAAAAAAAAGAAGAAAACAAAAAACACAAAAAGAAACGAAAGAAAAAAUAAAAUGCAAAAAAUCUAGUUAAAUUAUAUGCAUGUGCUACCUCACACUUGAAGCAAAAACUUUUACACACACACAUAUAUACAUACAAACACACUCAAGCACACCUACACACGACAUAAUAUAUUUUCACGAUUACUAUGCUCACCACCGGUUAUUUUUGAGUUUAUAAAAUAGGGGAAAAUAACUUCGGAGGGCCCAUAUACUAUAUACAGAUACGAUUUAGCAUCGUUUGCGUGCUUUCUUUGACAAGAAAGCUAAACUAGAAAACUUUAACGUAGUAUUCAGAUUUUUUGCUUCAAUACUUGGCAUAAGACUCUCAAUAGAUUGUCCUUUCAUUAUUCAAACCGCGAAAAAUGAAAUAAAAAUUUUAAUAAACUUAGUCUGUCUAUACUGAGCUCCUAACGUCUAACGAGUUUAAAAAACUGACAUGAUUCGUCCAUAAAAACACUUUCAACAAUAGCCGGAAAAUGAAAAACAAAUCUCGCGAAGAAAAUCAAAAUUUUUAAUU